GACAGCCCACACAUGUCAUCCCAACCUUACCCACGUCGCAACUCCAUGAUUAGAGAGUCUUCACGCUCAAGAGCUGGUUCCGGCGUUGGAAAAGCUCCGAGCUCUCGGUCAAGGCCUUCCAGAGCAUCCAUUUCCGGUCCUGCACCUCACAUAAAUAACGACCCCUCACAAUCAACCACUCCUGUUCCAGCCCAAGCGAUUUUCAUCCCAAGCUCAGCACCAGCUACACACCCAUGGGGUCACUCUUUCCCAGGCACUCUUCCACCUCCACAUGAUCAAUCUGGAACUAAUGGCAGUCAAAGGAGGAUGUCGAUAGAUUACGGUGCAACACCUUCCUCUUUAGGUCAUGAUAAUAGUUUGAGAGAUGAGGACGGAAAAACUUCAGAGUCGCUCUCGGAAAGAAGAAGAAGAAGACGCGAAUCACACAAUGCAGUUGAAAGAAGACGGCGCGACAACAUCAAUGAAAGGAUCGCCGAGCUGGCCACUCUCCUCCCGGAGGAGUUGCUCCUCGACGUCGGACCACCUAAUUCGAGGACAAACAAACCUUUACAGACCCCUUCACAGACUCAUCAACAACUACUUGAGCCAAUGUCUCCAAGACACCCAGAUCAAAUCCCAACUUCAUUCAGUGGCAGAUUAGAAACUCUCGAUGAAACACAAGUGGCAAACCUCCAACAGGGUCAGUCUCCACAAGCUGCGCAAACUCAGUCACAGCAAAAGCAGCAAGCCGUAGCUGCUGCUGCUGCUGGGAAGCCAAACAAGGGUGUUAUACUUAGAAAAUCCGUUGAUUAUAUUAGGUAUCUGCAGCAAGUCGUCGAUGCACAAGCAACAGCGCAGAGGGAAAUGCAAACUGAGUUACAGUAUUAUCGUAAAACCCAUCCACAAUCGGUAGGAGCGGCUCAGACAUCAGUUAGGGAGGGCAACGCAGCAGGUGGGGUCUCAUCACCACAAGGUUUACUCUUACAAUUCGACAAGCAACCGAACCAGAGAGAGAACAGCGCAUCUGCAGUAUCGGGAUCGGCAGUUAGUGAUGGUAGUGAAGAUUUCGUCAACCCACCUGCACCACCCUUACAACCAUUAGUCAAACAUGAAGAGCUUAGGAUAGAUGAUAUGAACACAUUCGAUUAUGGGCUAGAUUUCAGCCAAUAUGAUUUCAACGUCCACAAUCAACAUCCUCAACAUAAUUAUGUCCAAUCUGCUAUGGAGCAGUGAGGGUGUUUAUUAUUUCGUGUUUCUUUUUCAUAGUAUGCCUAAAACCGACUUGGUCAAAACUCCUUGUCACCCCGGCGAUAGUUCUCAACUUUUCUUUUUAAUUCAACACACGACUAUUUGUCUUCUUGUUUCAUGUUGUAC